GGAGAAGGAAAAGGAAAAGCAAGAGCAAGCAAGCAAGCAAGCUAGAUGGGACCAUAGCUCCACAGAACAGGAGGAGGGGGAGCAGCAGCAGCAGCAGCAGCAGCGGUACUGUUGUGAUGGUCUCCGCUUCUGUGUGGGUCAUGUCGGCAGCUGCCACUUUAGGAUUGCCCUGUGUUGCUUUACUCCUUGUCGCCGUGCUGCCCCCUGAGGCCGCGGAUACAUCAUGCUGCUAUCAAGCGAACGAACUUACGUGCCGUGAAACUUGUGAGCAGAUUUUGUCAUCAAAAAGUGAAUCACAUCAAAAACAUUUAUUGCAGAGGGCUCCAGAUUAUUGUCCAUCAUCAAUGACUGAAUUUUGGAACUGUAUGAAUUCUUCACUACCAGGUGCCUCUAAGAAGUCAGAUGGUUGGGUUGGCCUUGGAUGCUGUGAACUGGGAAUUGCCGCAGAGUGCCGACGUACCUGCAAACAGGCAUCUUACACAAAUGACAUUUUAAAACACUGCAGGAAAGAAUAUGAGAAUGCGCUAAUUAGCUGUGUUACUAGGAAUGAAAUGGGUUCUGUCUGCUGUAGUUAUGCUGGGCGGCACACCAACUGUCGUGAAUACUGUCAAGCAAUAUUUCGAACUGAUUCAUCUCCAGGCCCAUCACAGAUAAAAGCUGUGGAAAAUUACUGUGCAUCUAUCAGUCCUCAGUUGCUGGAGUGCGUAAAUAAUUAUACACAGUCAUAUCCAGUGAGAAAUGCAAGUGACAGUGUACACUGCUGUGACAGGGCUGAAGAAAAAGUUUGCCAAAAAGCUUGCAAACUAAUUCUCCUUUCAAACAAAUCAGAACAUGAUAUUGUCGAAGACCUAAUUAGAGAGUGUAAAAAAUCUCCUCUUCCUCAAGAUCCACUCUGGCAGUGUUUCCUAGAGAGUUCUAGGUCAGUCCAAAAUGGGGUCACUGUUGCUCAUCAACCUUCUACAGGACUUGAUGGUGCAAAACUUCACUGCUGCUCAAAAGCAAACUCCUCAUUGUGUAGGGAUUUGUGUACAAAACUUUACAACACAAGCUGGGGAAGCACACAGAUCUGGCAAGAGUUUGAUCUUUCAUGUGAAUACAAUCCUAUGGAGACUCAAAUGUUAACAUGCCUAGCAGAUGUGCGAGAACCCUGUCAGCUGGGAUGCCGUAAUCUGACAUAUUGUACCAAUUUUAACAACCGGCCAACUGAAUUAUUUCGAAGUUGUAAUGCUCAAUCAGACCAAGGAGCAAUGAAUGAUAUGAAGCUAUGGGAGAAAGGAAGCAUUAAGAUGCCUUUCAUGAAUAUUCCUGUUCUAGAUAUUAGGAAAUGUAAUCCAGAAAUGUGGAAGGCAAUUGCUUGCUCACUUCAGAUUAAGCCGUGUCAUAGUAAAUCUAGAGGAAGCAUCAUCUGCAAAACAGAUUGUGUUGAGAUACUGAGAAAGUGCGGUGACCACAGUAAAUUCCCAGAAAGUGACACUGCAGAAAGCAUAUGUGAACGACUGUCUUCUACUCAUGACAUUGACGACUGUAUUCCACUGGACACUUAUCUCCGAUCGAGUCCAUUGGACAAUGUUACUGAGUAUGUUACUCAUCCAUGCAACCCAAAUCCGUGUCCUGCUAAUCAUUUGUGUGAAGUUAACAGAAAAGGAUGUCUUCUUGGAGAACCGUGUCUUCCAUAUGUCUGUACUAAAGGUUGCAAGUUGGGAGAAGCAUCUGACUUUCUUGUACGGCAAGGAGAUCUUAUUCAAGUACCAUCAGGGAAAUCUGGCUGCUAUAAGAUCUGUUCUUGUAGACAAAGUGGUACAUUGGAAUCCUGCAUGGAAAUGAAUUGUGUUGAUCCAAUAUCAUGCAAUGUUGGUGGGCAAUAUAAAAAUCAUGGAGCAUCUUUCAAAGUUGCCUGCAAUAGCUGUUCAUGUGUUGCUGGUAAAGUACAAUGCUCUAAACGUCAGUGUAUAAAUGAACUUGGCUCUGACGGUGAUCGAAGUAUGUUUACUGGAUUGCCCUGCAAUUGUGCAGAUAAGUAUGUUCCGGUGUGUGGAAACAAUGGACGCACAUAUCCGAGUGCAUGUAUAGCACGAUGUGUUGGAUUGUUGGACCACCAGUUUGAGUUUGGGGAGUGCUUUUCAAAAGACCCCUGUAAUCGAGACCCGUGUCACAGAAAUCAAAAAUGUAUUCCAAAAAGACAAGUUUGCCUCACCAGCUUUGAAAAGUUCCAGUGCCCCCAGUAUGAAUGCAUCCCGAGACAGUUAAAAUGUGAGCAUAAGAGAGAACCUGUGUGCGACAAUGACAAUGCAGAACACCCUAAUAUUUGCACUCUAUAUCAGAGGGGAAAACAACUGUCCUAUAAAGGCUCAUGUCAACCCUUCUGCAAGCCUAUGGAUCCAGUCUGUGGACACAAUGGGGAAACAUAUACUAAUGUAUGCAGUGCUUAUUCCGACCGUGUUGCUGUGGAUUAUUAUGGCAGAUGUCAAGAUGUUGGGAUAUUCUCAGAACACAGUUUUCAUUCACAUUGUGCCUCCAUUAAGUGCCCUAACAAGCCUAAAGUGGGCUGUAAAGCAUUCAUACCUCCUGGUGCAUGUUGUCCUUUAUGUGCUGGAGUUCUAAGGAUCUUAUAUGAUAAAGAAAAGAUAGACAAAUUUGCUGAGGCAACAAAGGAAUGGCCUAUAAGUAUCUUCGACAUACUUCAGAAAAUAAGACUUCACAUAUCUGUACCCCAGUGUGAUGUAUUUGGGUACCUCAGUGUGGAAUCAGAGAUAAUUGUCCUUGUCGUUCCAGUUGACAAUCAAACAAAAUCAAUACAGAUUGAUGCAUGUAAUAAAGAAGCAGAGAAGAUAAAUUCACUUAUAAAUUCUGACAGCCCGACUCUUGCAUCCCAGGUGCCAUUAUCAGCUCUUAUCACAUCUGAGGUUCAAAUAUCACCAACGCUUCAUUCCAACUGUAACAAAAUAAUAUGCAAUCUGUAUUAUUUAUGUAUAUAUAUAUAUAUAUAUCCUGUUUACUUUGCUCUGUGCAUUCUGCAGUAUGUAAUAUGCUAUAAUAAAAAAAAAAAUGUAUAGUGUAAAAAAUGUAUAUUACUAGAUUACGUUUUAAAGAGGAUGUCAGAAGGUUUAAAAAACUGGCAGCAACAAAUGUUACAAAAAAAACUCUGUACUUACUGUUAAGGUCCCUUUACGCGGGACAAUUUAGCAAACAAUUGUCGGAAAGGAAGCAUUCCUUCCUGCAAGCGCCUGCUUGUCAGUGAAGGGGACCGCCACAUUUACAUGC